AUGGCAGCGAUUCAGCUGUUAUUUGCCUGCUGUGUUCGCGGGCGGACAAGACGGAGACAGAGAGAAGGUUCCGAUGAGCAAGUUAUCCCUGAUGAAGAGUCGCGUCUAAUUCCACCACCCGCGGAAUCCCAGCUAAAUGUACCAAACGCGGUAGGCCAGGAAAUCGAGGAAAGAAAUGCGAGGCUAGGGACAAUUGUUCGGGCCAAAGGAGGAAACAUGAUCAACACAUCCGCGUACGCGCCUUUCAACGUCCUCAAUCGACCAUAUCGAUAUUCUCCUCAGCGCUAUGGACCAAAUCGCAGCGGAAGCAGUAACAGAAGAGCGUCUUCUUCUCGGUCUAUGUCCAGAGAAGAUCAUUCAGAGACCCGUCGACGUUCGGUUGUUCGUUACGGACAAAGUUACCUUGCUCAUGGCUAUGGAUAUGGAGCUGUGGGUGUUAGUUAUAACCCCUCGUUGGUCCAUACUAUGUCUACUCCUGCUCCGCUUGAGCCUCAGUCUAGUGAAGUGCAGGUACAGAUUCAGUCCGCGGCGGAUGGGAGGACUUCUUUGGAGCGAAGUGUAUCGAGGAAGAGAGAUGGGAAGAAAGGUCCAGAUACAGGCAAUGGUGAAGCCGAGGCAGCUGCUGCAAGUGACAUGAAUAAUAAUAAAACACCACAACUUCUUCCGAGAUUUCGUUCAACGUUGGUCAUGUCCCCUUCAACGACAUCCAUACAGAAAUCUACAUCACACGAGUCAUUCCCAGAUUCUCACCAUUCCCAUUCCAACUCCAACUCUGGCGACAUCACACUCAACGGAGGUACCGGAACAAUCGAAGGAUUAGGUGUCCGGCUGGUCCAGCCUCCUCCUUCUUCGUCUGACAUCGUUUUUGGAGCGCCUAGUGCGGGGUUGGGGCUGGGAAUGAGUAGACGUGGUCGACCGAAAGUUAGAACCAGGGGAGGGUCUUUUUCUAGUCCUGUUGGUUCCGGAUAUGGUUCUGCUGCGUCAGGGAGCUCUGCUAAUCUUGUACGCGUACGAUCCAGGGAGGAGGAUAGCACCACUGUACAGAAUGGAACUGGGUUCUCGUCUUCAGAGCAAACCCCUCGUCCACUCAGUAUCAUCACGCCGCCGCCACCACAUCAUCUACUAGGCUCCGCCACUCCUAUAGGAACGCUUCCCGCAACCUACUCAUCAACGUCGCCCGCUGCCACUUUCCUCGCCCCACCUCCUUCACCUCAUUCCGAUCGCAAUUCCGAUUCCGGUCAGUCGGCACUAUUGCGCACCCCGCCACACGUCCCUCCGCCACUCCCUCUAACGCCCAAGCCACCGCCGGUGUUUGAGAUCAAAGACGAAGGUGAAUUGACGAUUGGAUGGGAUGAUUGA